AUUCUGUAGAUUUUUAUGAUUUCUAUUUGCAAGAAUAGUUUUUCUAACUUCAUUCUGGAAGAAAUUCUUGGACACGGAAGUGCGGUAGCCCAAGGCAUUUCCGCUGUAGGAGAAGUUGCGAGUGGCAGAGAUCUAGCAGAAAGUGACGAAGCGAAGUUCAAGGCAAAAUUUCCGUGAAGACAAAACCGCCAGUCCUUCCAGAUCCAGCGGAAAACGGAAGACGAUUGAAUGGGGCUAGCCAUGGCGGACUUGGAGGACCCCCCCACCUUACUGCAGUGCUGCAUGGACUACAUCUGUGACAACCUGGACGACCUCUGCUUCAAGGUCAGGACCAAGGACACGGGAAGCCUUCGUCUGACCUUCAGGCAGCAUGACGUCUUCUUCCACAACGAGCUCUCCGAGAUGUUCUUAAGUCGUCUCCUUGAGAAGGGCAAGGUGAACGAUCAAGUCCUGACCCUGCUUUCCUGUUCCGACAUGUUCAGAUUGCGGAGAGUUCGGGUGAGAAACACCCCCGUCGGACUCGAAGGCCUCCGUGCCAUUCUGUACAAUCACAAACUGAUAGAGCUAGAUGUUUCUAAUACUAACGUAAAGAGAGCGGCCUCUGUUUUACAACUUCUGUACGAGUCGGGACAGGACGCGCUACAGUCCCUGAACGUAAGCGGGCUUCAACCGCACAAGCAGGAUCUCAGCGAGGAGGGACCGUUCGGAAACUUUGAGGGCCUGGGGGCCUUCGCUACCAUAAACAGAACAUUGGUGUCCAGGUUAAGAAAUAUCAGAUGCCUGAAUGUCAGCCAUACAAACUUUGACACGCCGGACCUCGAAAUGGUGGCUUCGGAACUGCCUCACUUAGAAAGCCUGGACAUUUCGAAAACCUAUGUGUCCAGCCUGACACCUUUACUUCAGUGCAAGCACCGGUUAAAGUCGCUGUCUACGUAUGGUGUGAGCUCGGUACAGGGGAGAGACAACUGGGAUGAAGACGAGAAACACUCCACGGAAAGAGUCAUCGCGGAAUUGUCCUUACUCCGCCACUUAGACAUCUCAACCGAGGAGACGUUCAGCGUCUCGGGCACCUUCUUUGCAAGUCAGAAUCAGCUGAAGGUCAAUGUCGACAACCUACUCUGCAUCCCCGGGGUUCUUCCAAACCUGACGUCGUUAGAUAUAUCGGGGCGGGAUUUGUCGGAGGGUACGCUGCUGUCGUUUUUGGAGAGCCACCCGCAGCUGGUGUUCCUGGGAGUGAUGAUGGGGCCGGCAUGCUUCUGGGACUUCAUCUGGGAUGAGGAGUAUGAGGGCUUCCGGAAGGACCUAAGGGUGACAGGAGAAGGUAACGAGGCCCAGAUCCUGGAAGCCCUGCGACAGUACAGUGAGAGAGCUGUGUAUGUGCAGAAGGCCCUGUACAAGCUUUUUGGCCGCACCUCAGGGAUGGAGCAUCCUCGGGUGGAUGUUAUCAAGCUUGUGGUCCAGGGGAUGAAGAACCACUGUGAUGCCAAGAGUCUGGGGGUGCAGAUGGCAGCAAGUGCCUGCCUGUACAACCUGACCCGGCACGACAUCAGUAAGCGUGUUCCGUCCCGGGACCUGUCUGACGUGGUGAACUUGACCCUGAAGGCCAUGGAGGUGUUCCCCAACCACCAGCAGCUGCAGAAGAACGCCCUGCUCACACUGUGUAGUGACAGGAUCCUGCAGGAAGUGAGGUUUGACCGUUACCGUGCGGCGAGACUAGUGAUGCACUGCCUGUGUACACAUGAGGAUGCCACCAUGCACCGCAUGGCUGUAGCCAUCAUAUCUAUACUUGCUGCUAAGAUCUCUACUGAACAAACUGCCCUGCUGGGGACACAGAACUACCUGCAGAAGCUGCUGAGGAUAGUAAAAGAGAAGACUGAGGAACAGCAAGUGGACAUCACUCUCAAGUUUACACUCAGCGCACUCUGGAACCUCACAGACGAGUCCCCCAGCACCUGCACCACGUUUGUAGAGAACGGUGGCCUGGAACUCUUCAUGCAGAUCCUCGAGGUCUUCCCUAACGAGUCCAACCUCCACACCAAAGUCCUGGGCUUGAUUAACAACAUUGCAGAGGUGCGAGGACUGAGAAAGGUGUUGUUAAGGGAGGACUUCAUGGAUUAUGUCAAAUGUUUGUACCCUCAGCUGAUUGCUGUGCGGAGUUGGAACAACCCUACAGGAGAGAUGGUGGCGUACCGAUCCUUCCACCCGUUCUUCCCCCUGCUGGAGUGUUACACCACACCCGCCGUGCAGCUGUGGUCUGUCUGGGCCAUGCAGCACGUCUGUACCAAGAACCCUGACCGCUACUGCCCAAUGCUGAUAGAGGAGGGCGGAGAAGAGAGGGUCAAGCGCCUGGCCACCAACCCCGCUACCGCGGCAGAGGUCCGAACGCUAGCGGAGCUCGUGAUCGAACUACUCCAGGACAGCAAGCUACCACCGAGACAGCGCAAGCUGCUGAAACCUGCUGACACGCCUGGUUCUCCUGAGCAGGAGUAGAGUGUACUCCGGAGCAGGAAGGAUGAAGUCUUCUCCGGAGCAGAAAGAAUAGUGUUCUCCGGAGCAGAAAGAAUGGAGUGUUCUCCAGAGCUGGAAGGAUGGAGUAAUCACCAGAGCAGGAACGAUGGAGCAUUCUCCCAAGCAGGAAGGAAUAAGUAGAGUAUUCUCCUUAAAAAGAAGGAGUGUUCUCUGGAGUAGGAAGGGUGGAGUGUUCUCUGGAGUAGGAAGGGUGGAGUGUUCUCUGGAGUAGGAAGAGUGGAGUGUUCUCUGGAGUAGGAAGGGUGGAGUGUUCUCUGGAGUAGGAAGGGUGGAGUGUUCUCUGGAGAAGGAAGGUGAAAUGUUCUCUGGAGUAGGAAGGGUGGCAUGUUCUCCGGAGUAGAAAGGGUGGCAUGUUCUUUGGAGAAGAAGGCGUAGAGAGUAUUCUCUGGAGCAGGAGGAAUAGAGUGUUCUUCUCCUGAGCUAGAGUACUAGUACGGGUGAUUUCAAGAGCAGGAGAAGUGUAGUGUUUUUCAAAGAGUAGAGUGUAGCCUAUGCGACAUGGUACAUAGCUUAAGGAUUUAUAUUACAGGACAUUGUACAAUUGUAACUUGUAAAAUUCUGUGGUUGUUUACAGGGGGUACAUGUACGGUUUAUGAUUGAACAAUAGAUUUAGCUGCAAUACAGGUAGUAACACUAAAGAUGUGCUCUCAAAUAGUAUUUGUUGCAGGAUUUUUCACAAUGGGAAUCAAACCAAAUGUACUUGUAUCAGAUUCUCAUUUUUGGCGAUGCCUUGUGGGCGGAGGCAUUUUUCAAAUGAAUGACUUGUGUAACUUAGUUGAAACGUUCGUCCACAUUUAUUAUACAGCUUAAAAUUUCCCAUAAGAGCUUGCUUGUGUUAGCAAAUUACAUUUUUGGUGCAAUUUUUUAAAGAGGCAAAUAACAUUGGUAGAAAAUGAAGAAUGCUGCAAAAGGUUUUGAAAUGGAGAUUGUUUAUUGUUGGGAAAAGCGUAAAUGUCAAAUUGUACAGUACAUCACUUUUGUUUCUUGUAAGAAGAAAAAAUUCAAAAAAUUCUUACUCUUAGAAUAUGCCCACACAACUAUUUGAGUACAUGUAGUAAAGGAUGGAGUUUUGUUAAUACCUAUUAAGAUGUUGACAUUCAAUUUUUAUUUAACUAUUCCAAUUGAACCAGGCCAACAUUGAAUUACUUCCAAAUUGUGGUCAAACAGAAGAAGUGAAAAAUUGACCCAGUGUGCAUUGGGGGUUAUGAAAUACAGAGCAUUAUGGGAGACUGCAUCUGUGCAUUAUGGGAAAUUGCAGGCUGUUCCAGAGUGCAGACACACUCCCAGUUUUGUACGGUCUACAUGGUAAAUUGUUACUGACAUUGCUGUACAAACUCCAGGUCGUUUUGGUAUAUUGAUUAUUAGGAUCAGUACUCAUUUGGUUUACAGAAGAUUAAUUACCCAUGUAAUGGUUGUUCAAUGCUAGCUUGGAAACCAUACUACUGUAAAUGCAUUUGAUUUCUCAGUACCGGGAAAAUGGAGUGUUCACAGUGGUUUUGAGUUUACGGUCAGCUCGAUAUACUGUAGUCGCUUACUGUAAUGGGAAUUUAUUUGCAGUGGUUUUGAGUUUGUGGUGAAGCGGCCACCGCAAAAACCACAAGGUAACACAAAACCACCACCAACAUCUCUGCAUUUACAGUAUUUGAGGUCCAGUUUGCUCCAAUGGUCAUUCUUUACGCAGAACAGUUUGUUGCCUAUCCCUGUUCAAAUAUUUGGUUCACUCAGAUACUGGUCACAACAGUAGUUGCAGAUUGGAGGAACAUUUUUAGCCUUGCUGGAUAUACUACUCUAAAAUGUUGCUGUAUAGUUACUACAUGUUAAUGUACAUUUCAUGUACAAAACUUUACAAACGUUACUAUCAUGGAGUUUUCUGCUGCUUUUAAAUGUCUGACAGUAGAAAUGACACUCAGUGAAUACAAAAAUAUCACACUAACUUAAUCACGGUUUAGUAAUAUUUGAAAAUGUCAUGAUUUUUACCAAUUUUGGAAGUGGAAUUUUUUUCAAACCUACACUCAUGGUUCACAAUUUAAACUGCAUAUGCAUGUAGUAGGUGCAUUGUGGGGAAUGUGUCAAAGGUGACGGCCCCUAACUUGUAAACAAUUCUUGUUUAGGCCGUGCUUUACACAUGUUCGGAUGUGUUUUGUUUAUGUCUCAGCAGCUUUCAACUUUGACAUAUUUCCCACUAUGCAUUUUUCUGGGCAUGGGCAGUUUAAUCUGUGCACAAGCUUAUUCCUUGAACCUUAUCAGAGGAAAAAAUAAUAUCAUGCAUCAUACAAAACUGAACCACAAUGCAGCAGGUUGAAUGAUGAUGGAAUGGAAACUGGGCUAAGCCUUUUUGUAUCAUGUUAGAGAAAAAUGUCUUAAGACAUUUUGUAUAUUCCUUUUGAGCUUAGCUGAAUCUGAACAUGCCAAACUAUUGCAUGUGUGAAAUGAGACAAUUAUUGAAGAAGGGUCGAAGGCAGUGUCUAUGAUAGUCUAGCAAGCGUCAAGACAAAAUUUUACAUAAGGAAAAUUGUAAUAUUAAUUUGGCAAUCAUUUAGUACUUUUACAGCAUUGACAAAUGGUGCUAGAUCAUGCUUGUGUGUAUAUUCAAGUCCUUCUUAUGUUUCACAUUUAACAUAUUUUGGCAAUGUCAUAUGGGAGAGAAGUUGUGUUCUGCUCUCAAUUUAACCCAACAGCUUAGAAAUUGAACCGAAAAACUACAUCGACCUCAAAUCUAAGCCAUAUAAAUGCGCAACUCAUGAUCAUAUGAAGUUGAAUAUACGCAUAGGUGUGAACGGUUUGCAGAGUGUAACAAUCGAGGAUUUCGAUGGACCACAUUGUGAUAGACGUGCAUAUUGUUUAUUAUGGUAAGAAAGCUGUGAGAUUAUAGAAUUAUAAUAUUCCAUGAAAAUGGGAUUCUGUGUCAUGUUACUUAAAAUCAUCCAACUUUUUUGAGACUUGAAUAUAAUUAGUUAUAGUUGAAAGCUGUAACUAUAGCUGUACUAUAACUAUUUUUCUGACUGCUUGUAAGAUACCUUAGUUUACAAAAUGUGAUGGACUAGUACUAUGGCAAACUCAAAACCACUGCGAACACAGCAAUUUUCACAAACUUAAAUGCAUUUACAGUACACUAUGGAUGAAAAAUAUUAACGAUUUGCCCUGUCGUAUUCUGGUAAUAAUAUUUUUGUUUGCAAUCAGUUUGGAUUUAUAAUGACAAUGUUUUUGAUUGUGUUGUAGAAUUGGUUUGUAUAAGGAGACAGUGAAUGGAUAAGCAAAGUGCAAUGAUAGGUGUGAUGUCAAAAGAUCUGUUUGGUCAAGGAAGUUUUUGAAAAGUUGAGAGUAUGAGUUGGUAAGACAUGAGUUGGUCUAUUAAAGGUCUCAGCUAAGAGUAACUAUCACAGGUUGUAUGUGCAAAACUACAAAUCUAGAAUACAUUUUCUGUAUUUUCAAAAUGUAAUACAUUUAGCAAGUUUAUAUCAAAAUUGAGAUUGGAGAUUCGGAAUUCAACUAUAACUAAUAAACAGAUCCCAUUGUCCAACCCACCUCAGUCAACACAUAGGAAUACAACAUAAAAACACAAAUAUUUGAACAUCAUUUAUCCACUCUCCCAUUGGUUGGACGGUAAAUUGCCACUCUCUCAUUGGUUGAACUGCUAAUUGUGAUGGACAGUCGGGAUUGGUAUUAUAAUUAUACCUGUUUAAGAGAGAGGGUUAUAAAUAAUUUUUCUGAGCUGGACUUUUUGAUUUUUAAAGACAUUUUCUCAUGUCAACAAUCAUUGUUGUGUUUCCUAUAGUUUGCUCAAAAAGUAUUGUUUACCGUAAAAUAACGAGUGUACCCCAAGAGUUAUGUAAUGUAAGAAAUCUGUUUGUAUAUCACUGUAUGUUGAAAUAAAGUGCACAUACGUACAGUGCUCUAAACACAUUUUAA